GCUUCCCAUCGCUCUCACAGACCAGGCGCCAAGUGUAGCAGUGCCCCGUCCGCAGUCUGCCUCAGCACCUCAACAGCCCGCAAUGCCCUUGGAUACUGCCGCCCCUGCGCUCGCUUAGCCGCGCCUUCUCCGCCUUUUGGGUCUGCCGCUUCUGGACUGUUGUGCGCACUGUCCCGACUCAUCCGCGCUGCGUGAAAACAAAUGGAGAAGCUCCAAGGAUAACAGGCUGCAGGAUUGAGCUACUGCAGAAGACCUGCCGGUAGUUUGGCUGGCCGGAGGAGGAAGAGGGGUGGGAGGGCUGCGCUGUCUGUCUGUCAGAGGCUUUGGUGUCGCAUCCACUAUUUUGAUGCUCUAAAGAAAACAACAUCGCCUUUUUGCAUGGAUGCACCAUGGCUACUUUUAUAUGCAGGGUGCAGUUCUUAGAUGAUACUGAUCCAUUUAACAGCACCAAUUUCCCCGAACCCACCAGACCACCUCUGUACACUUUCCGGGAGGAUAUUCCUCUGAUCAAUCAGAUUGCUGGAGUCCACAGGCUGCUGAAAGCUCCACAGAAGGCUGAUGACUGCGCCCUUCAGCUGUCCCAUAAUGGAAGCUACUUGGACCUGGAGUCUACCCUGGCAGAGCAGAGAGAUGAACUGGAGGGAUUUCAGGAAGAUGGAGGGAGAGGCAAGAAACACAGCAUUGUUCUACGAACACAGCUUUCAGUCAGAGUUCACGCCUGCAUCGAAAAACUCUACAACUCAACAGGACGGGAGCUUCGGAGAGCCCUCUUUUCCCUCAAGCAGAUUUUUCAGGAUGACAAGGACCUGGUGCAUGAGUUUGUGGUGGCCGAAGGGCUGACGUGUUUGAUAAAAGUGGGAGCUGAAGCCGACCAGAACUACCAGAACUACAUCCUCAGGGCUCUUGGUCAGAUAAUGCUGUACGUGGACGGGAUGAACGGCCUCAUAUCUCACAAUGAAACAGUCCAGUGGCUUUACACGCUGGUCGGAUCCAAGUUUCGUCUGGUAGUGAAGACGUCCCUAAAGCUGCUGCUGGUGUUUGUCGAGUACACCGAAUGUAACGCUGCCCUGCUCAUAAAGGCUGUGAGCGUCGUGGAUGCCAAAAGAGGUACAAAACUGUGGUCAAAUGUCAUGGAGAUCCUGGAUGAGAAGGAUGGAGUGGAUACAGAGCUGCUGGUGUUUGCGAUGACACUCAUCAAUAAGACUCUGGCAGGCCUCCCAGACCAGGACUCCUACUAUGACAUGGUGGACUGUCUGGAGGAACAGGGCAUCGAAGGCAUGGCCCAGAGACACCUGAGCAGGAAAGGCACCGACCUGGACCUCGUAGAGCAGAUCAACAUGUACGAGAUGACUCUACGCCAUGAGGACGGGGACGAUGAAACCCCGUUGCCCCCGAGCGGCCGAAAGGACCGCAGACGGGCCAGCGUCGGCGGCACCAACGAGCGCCGAGGCCUGGAGAGAAGACGCAGCCGCAGACAUUCGCUUCAAAACAGCAGAGGCCACGCUUCGGCCCCGGCGUCGCCCAGCAGCUCCCACACGACCGGCUUCCUGCCCUUCGGUGGCCAACGAGUCGAAGACAUCAGUGAAAGGGAGGAGGAGGGGGAGGAGGAGGAUGAUGAGGAGGACGAGGAAGAGGCAGAUGAUGAAAGUCAUCCAAUCACUGAGUCCUCUAGACAGGGCACUCACAGUGUGGCUCCAGCUGUAGCAGAUACUCCUAACAUGUGUUUGAACUUAAAGUGUAUGGCCAACAUCCUCCCUAAAGCCAGUGAGGGCCAGAGAGAGUAUCUCAGCGUCCAGACCAGGACAUCUUCUCCUGUGUCCGUCGCACCUAAAAAGAGGGCCUUUAGACCUUGUCUGACAGAUACUCCUCCACCUCCUUCACCUUACACAGCUAGAAAGCCCUGCUGGGCUGAAAGAAUGAGUACUAAUGGCACCCCAUGCCCUGGCAAGAACCAGACUCCUUCAUCACCCAUCCAUCGCUUCAGCAGUUCAGCAGCCUCCACACCAGACUCCAAACCUGACAGACCUGCUUUAGGCGGCUUGCUGACUUUAUCGUACCGACAGCAUCAGGAGUCUCUGGCCGCCGAGAGGGAGAGGAGACGCCUGGAAAGAGAAGAACGUCUGCAGAGAAUCGAGAGAGAAGAGAGGAACCGCUUUAAUCGAGAUUAUGUUGACAAGAGGGAAGAAGCAAGACAAGCCAGAGAGGAGAGGUACAAAGCUGUGGAGCGUCUGGCUGCAGAGGAGUUUGAGCGCGAGCGGCCUAGAGUGCCGACAAGAGGGCGGACGGAGAUCACUUUGUGUUUGAGUCCAAACCCCGCCAGCCGCUCGGCAUCUCGCUGUGCCACACCUUCAUCCAUUAUCUCACAGGAAGACACCGUCACCACUGCACACCAAAUGCUGGGAAAAGAACCCAUCUCAGAGCCAAACCUUGACCCAAAGACCACAACCAAAAGUCCAGCACCAGAUUUAAUAGUAGCAGAACCUUCUCCCACACUCUCCUCCGAACCAGACAAACAGCAAUCCGAGACAGAGUCACUCGCAGAGAUGGAGGACGUUGCAGAAACUCAGUCUGAAAAGAAUGUAACUACGGAGUCGGGGUCAGAUGAUCAGUCAGGAAAGGAGAAAGAAGAGACGCAAGAGGAGGAGGAGGAGGAGAAGGGUGAGGAACAGGAACAGGGUAUGGAGGAGGUAGCGGGAGAAGAAGAAGAAGUGGAGGUAGUUGAAGUAGCAAAGGUGAUAGAGACGGGUGUAGAGGCGGAAGUGGACGUAGAGUUGGAGGAGGAGAAGCCGACAGAAAGGGAUGUAGAAGACAGUGUACUGUUGAGUGAGAAGGAGAGACAGAACGAGGAAGUGAAUGAAAAAGACAACUGCUCAGCAUCCAGCAUCUCGUCAACCAGUAGCACUCUGGAGAGGGAGGAGCGGGAGGAGAAGCUCACCAAUGAAAUCGAAGCAGGCCAAUGGAGUCAGUGCAUUAAAGAAGCAGAUGUGAACGACCAGUGCAACAAGAUUCUCAACAGCAAGCGCUUCAUGCUGGACAUGCUCUAUGCCCAGAAGAAAACCGCCGAGGAUGAUGGGAACGUAGGCGAAUCGGAGAAGGAGAAUUGUAAAUGUGAGAAGGAGACGGAGGUCAGUGACUCUGUGGCCAGUUUGGCCAGCAGGAUCUCCACACUAGAGGCUCACCGACAGGCCAGAGAAGACAAUGUGAAAAAGAUGGAGGUGGGACAUCUGGACAACCAGGGCAGCGUCCGAGCAGUGGCGGAGAAGUUUGGAGAUUUGGUCAAAGGCUUGACAUCUCCACCCGAGGCAGAGUCCUCUAAAGAGCAGCAGCAGACGGACAAAUCAUCAACCCCCGCCCCGUCAGCUGCACCCCCCAAGAAAGAGUCGGAUCAUAUCUGGGAUCAGCUGAUGGCUUCCCCCAGAGAGCUGCGGAUCAAAGAGAUGGACUUCACCGACCUGAGGGACGAGGACGACUUGGACAUUUUAGACAUGGACAAUGUGACAAAGUCGGGCGACCGGAUACCACCACUUCCUCCUGCCCUGCCGCCGCCCCCGCCUCUGUUCGGAUGCCCCCCACCUCCUCCCAUUCUCGGCAAAAUGAUGCCCCCUCCUCCACCGUUCAUGGCCCCCAUCCCUCCGCCCUCCCCUCAGCUGAGUCGAGGGGAGGCGCCUCUCUUCCAGAAGAAGAAGAAGACCAUCCGUCUGUUCUGGAACGAGGUGCGUCCUGUGGACUGGCAGUGUAAGAGUCAUAAAUUCUGUAAGGAGUCCCUGUGGUCCAAACUGGAGCCAAUUAAACUGGACACAUCCAAGCUGGAGCAGCUGUUUGAGUCCAAGUCCAAGGAGCUGCCUGUCACCAAGAAAGCAGCUGUUGACGGCAAACGACAAGAGAUCAUAGUCCUGGAUUCAAAGCGCAGCAACGCUAUAAACAUCGGCCUGACUGUCUUGCCUCCUCCCCGCACAAUCAAGACGGCCAUUCUCAACUUUGAUGAGUAUGCACUAAACAAAGAAGGCAUUGAGAAAAUCCUCACAAUGAUUCCCACGGAGGAGGAGAAGCAGAGGAUCCAGGAGGCUCAGCUGGUCAACCCUGACGUCCCCCUGGGCAGCGCUGAGCAGUUCCUCCUCACCCUCUCCUCCAUCACCGAGCUGUCGGCUCGCCUGCAGCUGUGGGCAUUCAAGAUGGACUAUGAGCUGAUUGAGAAGGAAGUGGCAGAGCCUCUGCAGGACCUGAAGGAAGGAAUGGACCAGUUAGAGAAAAACAAAACACUCAGAUACAUCUUGACCACAUUGCUGGCCAUCGGCAACUUCCUCAACGGCUCUAAUGCUAAAGGCUUUGAGCUGAGCUACUUGGAGAAAGUCCCGGAGGUGAAGGACACGGUUCACAAGCAGUCCCUGCUGCACCAUGCGUGCUCCAUCGUGGUCGAGAAGUUUCCAGACAGUACUGACCUCUACUCGGAGAUCGGAGCCAUUACCCGUCUGACCAAGGUGGACUUUGACCAGCUACAAGACAAUCUGGCACAGAUGGAGCGAAGGUGUAAAGCAUCAUGGGAUCACCUCAAGGUCAUUGCGAAACAUGAGAUGAAGCCAGCGUUGAAACAAAAAAUGUCUGACUUCCUCAAAGACUGUGCAGAGAGAAUUAUUAUCCUCAAGAUUGUACAUCGAAGAAUUAUCAACAGGUUUCAUGCCUUUCUGCUGUUCCUGGGCCAUCCGGUAUAUGCCGUACGUGAGGUCAGCAUACAUCGCUUUAGCAAGAUCCUGAGUGAAUUUGCCCUGGAGUAUCGCACAACAAGAGAGCGUGUGCUACAGCAAAAACAGAAGAGGGCCAACCACCGAGAGAGGAACAAGACCAGGGGAAAAAUGAUAACAGAUAGUGGUAAAUUUGGCGGCACCUCAUCGGACGCACAGGAGAGCCAGCCUCAGGGGAUCCAGUACGCCGAAGAUGUAGCAGAACAUGAGAACAUGAAGGCCGUGCUAAAAAGCAGCCUGCAGGGCGGAGAGAGCGGGACGUCCACGGUGCCGGGCCUUCGUACUCGCACCAGAGCCAGCAGUACCAGAGGGCGUGUUGCCCCGUGGUGUCCUGCCAGUGACGACCCAGUGAACUGCACAGAUGACACGGCUGAUGAGAUCAUGGAGAGGAUUGUGAGGUCAGCCACUCAGGGGCCCAGCCAGCGGGCGCAACCUCGAGAGAGGAGGCGAUCCCGAGUCAACCGAAAAUCACUGAGAAGGACACUGAAGAACGGUUUGACCACCGAGGAGGCGAACGCUCUCGGUUUGUCCAGCGGUUCGGAGAUGCAGGUGUGAGCUCUUCCCGAAUCCCGCUGGACACUAAGACAUCUGGAAGCCCUUUCACUGCCCCCAUCAUCCCCUGAUGCCUCCAUCCUACUCCACUCCGGCUUGACACUACAAUCCCCCCCUCCCGGCUUUGAUGAGUUGAUCUCAUCUUUAUGAGUUUGAUUUACACGGGCUUGACUCAAGCUCUCCCUGCAGCGAGAGGAUAAACACGAUUUUACUCGUGAACUGAUGGGCAGAGAGAGCAGAAACGGCAUUCAAACCACUAAGCUUCACUGUUGCUGGAUAAACACCGAUGAUCUGCACUCGCUCGGCUUAAUCGCAAUCAUCCUCCGAACGUGAUGUUGCACACAAACACCCGUAAAAGUGUAUUUUUUUAAAGGCUGAGGGCAUCGAGACGGUUGGCAGUGCUUCAAUCUCUGUGGCCUUGAUUGAAUCCAGAGGGAUAGCAGCACGGUACAGACACCCUUGAAUAAGUGUUUAACGUGACUGAAAGACAUUUCAUCUAUUGAAUAGAUGGCUUUUGUGCAGAGGGUUAUUCUCUUAUAUACUACUGUGGUAGUUUUGUGUUUCAUUUUUGCUCAAGAAGGUGCUCAAGUAAGGAACAAUUGCACUGGAUGUAAAAGUUGGGUAUCAAUGGAAUGUGAGAUCCUCGACACUGAUGAACCACUCUGACAUCUGAAUCUGAAAUUAUACUCAACCAGCAAUUCAACAGUAGCACAGUUUUUAAAUGUCCGAUCAAAGCCGACAGAUUCAACGCAGAUGUGCAUGAGUUUGUUUCACGGAUAAGAAGGAACUUAUCACAGUGCGAACAUUUUUUAGCGAUUAAAACAGAGACGGAAUGUUGGUUUAUGGACGGUUCAGUUGCUGUGACUGGUGAUGCUACUAGUUUCAGGCUAACGCUGUGUCAUGCAAACAUUUUUAGCUUAAACAAAUGUAGACAAGCUGCAUUAUGUGAUCUAUUCCCACUUUUCGGACUGAAGGCGAGCGCAGCAGGUGCAAGAGAGCAAUCUUCGUAGAGUUAUGUCGUUUUAUUUUGUAGAAACUAUGAGCUGCACAUUUCAGAGUGCCUUUCAGAGACAGUUAUUUAUUCAGACGUUUUCAGGGACGUAUAAUCAUGAAAAUGUUGCUACAGAUGUGCGGUCUGUGAGGGGGGGUGAGGAGACUAUUAGAUCAUUCAUGAGCUGUGAUUUCUUUUUAACCAGUGUUUUUAAUCUUGUCUAGGCAAAAAAAAAAAAAGUUUCCUCCAUGUUAGGUCUCUUGGAUCAGAUAGAUUGUUAUGAAAAUAGCUUUAACGUAUUUAUGACAACUUGGGGAUUGGCUAUGCACAUUAGCUGCAUCCUGUUGCCUUACUGUAGAAUAUGGGCAUGCUUAGUUCCGCUCCAGUCGUGAUGUAGAUAAAAAAAUUUUUUAAAAAAUACAGUUAUGCUUAAAAUCAUUCAUACCCAGGCGAAAUUGUUGCUUUUUACUGAUUUUUUUAUUUGACCAACAGGUUUCUUAUGGCUGGAAAGAGAUGUAAAGUCUAAAAUUGAACUAUUUCUGUCCUGAAAUGACAUUUUCUCAGUAAUCAACUGCAGUGCCACAUCCCUGUGUCCAAACAAUUCAAUUUUCGUGUCAUCCGACCACAGAACUGAUGACCAAAAGGUUUCUUCUUUGUGCAGGUGAGCUUUUGCAAGGGCUAGGUAAGGUUUUGGAGAAGUUUAGUCUUCUUUCAUCAGUGUCCAUGGAGACCAGCCUUGUUUAGUGGCUGUUUGAGUGGCUGCUUUGAGUAUUUAUCGGUACGGUCUUGGUAAUAAUCACUGGAUUUGAAUUAGCUUAGCCACUUUUAGUGUCCUACCAGCCCUUUGAGAUUUUUCAUAUUGUGGAACUCCUACUCUUGCUGUUUAUUUAAUCCGUAAAAAUUAGUAUGAACAUCCACUUUCAAAAUUUAGAAUUGUUUGACCCCUAAGUUGAAUGUUCUUAAACAUGGCAGAAAUCCCCAGGAUCAUUGAGAAUGGGAUGUAAGCUGCAUUUUCUUAAAUUUUGUGAAAAUUUCAAAGGGUAACAUCCAUUUUGGACAUGCAAAAAUGUAACAAAGAUUCCUAAAAACAUAUCAUCAACAUCACUAGUAGUGACUUGCCAUUUUUUGUUGCUCGUUUAUGUCAUUUCCAGCCACAAGAAACCUAUUGGAUCCACAAAAAUUAACUAAAAAAGUCCAAAUUCGGCAAGGUCAUGGCUACGUUUGGGCUAAACUAUAGGUAAAAUGUUAGAAUUCAAAAUAGUCUGUAGUUCAACUGGCUUCACUAAAGAUCUCGGUUUGUCAUUUGCAGGACACGUGGGGUAUUUCCUCAUUUUGUAACUGUGAAUGCAAACAUCAGGGAAAAAGUUAAAUUCGUAGUGGUUAUAUACGUGCACAUACACUCUCCAUAGUUUACUGAUUUUAAACCCUGCAUUGAAGUGAAUACGAAGGAGCCCACCGUUCAACUUUUUCGAUUAUAUAGGUCUGUCUUUGAAUUAAUAAUGAGUUAGAUGUGCUAUUAAUCGACUUGGAAUGGCCUUGACUGGAUUUAUAACAUGUUCAGAUUUUAACAUGGCUUGCAGCUUGCAAGGUAAACCUACCCACUCGCUAAAUCUCACUGUGAUGGAAACAGAGCCAUUGAGAGCAAAGAUUUUAGCACAUCAUGUCAAAGCUACAUUAAAUCACACCAGCACUACAUUUUGUUUUGUUAUGAAUUUACUGGAAACUAUUCAGCACCUUAGACUCAAUGUGUAGCAUGCCACCACCUAGUAGAACUGAAGUUACAGGAGGAAGAGCUCAUUGUGUUUUCCGGAUUGUACUGAUUUUUUCAUAAAGUUCAAAGCGACGUAGGGGAAUGCUGUAAAACGAUGUACAUGUCAUGACAAUGUCUCUAUGUUCUUCUGUUUUUAUUUUUUUGCUCCAUGUGUAGAAUAGUGUAUUAUAGACUAAAAGCAGUGUUAUUCUAAAUAUAAUUUAAGAAAACCAAGCCAUGCAUGGUUUAAAAAAAGAGUGUCACUUCUGCUUGAUACAAAGGGAGGUUCACUUUGGUUCUCAGAGCUGUAGGGCUUACGUUACAAAAGCUUUUUCACUUCAGACUGUCACGACAACAAAAGCAGUGAAACGCGCAUUGAUCAAAUUUACCAGCUACUCCUGUGGAAACUCUUAGAAGCCUUUGAUUUCAUUGCACUCAACGUUUUCUUCUUCUUAAUUUAACCCAUCACACAUUGCUGCCUGUGCCAUAACAUCACUGUGGACACAAAGUGCUAUACAAACCACGGAUUCUACUGCGUCUACAGUGGGUACGGAAAGUAUUCAGACCCCUUUAAAUUUUUCACUCUGUUUCAUUGCAGCCAUUUGCUAAAAUCAAAAAAGUUCAUUUUAUUUCUCAUUAAUGUACACUCAGCACCCUAUCUUGACAGAAAAAAACAGAAAUGUAGAAAUUUUUACAAAUUUAUUAAAAAAGAAAAACUGAAAUAUCACACGGUGGACAGCCAUUUUCAGAUCUCUCCAGAGAUGCUCAAUUGGGUUUAGGUCAGGGCUCUGGCUGGGCCAGUUAAGAAUGGUCACAGAGUUGUUCCGAAGCCACUCCUUUGUUAUUUUAGCUGUGUGCUUAGGGUCAUUGUCUUGUUGGAAGGUGAACCUUCGGCCCAGUCUGAGGUCCAGAGCACUCUGGAAGAGGUUUUCUUCCAGGAUAUCUCUGUACUUGACCGCAUUCAUCUUUCCUUCAAUUGCAACCAGUCGUCCUGUCCCUGCAGCUGAAAAACACCCCCAUAGCAUGAAGCUGCCACCACCAUGUUUCACUGUUGGGAUGGUAUUGGGCAGGUGAUGAGCAGUGCCUGGUUUUCUCCACACAUACUGCUUAGAAUUAAGGCCAAAAAGUUCAAUCUUGGUCUCAUCAGACCAGAGAAUCUUAUUUCUCAUAGUCUGGGAGUCCUUCAUGUGUUUUUUGGCAAACUCUAUGCGGGCUUUCAUAUGUCUUGCACUGAGGAGAGGCUUCCGUCGGGCCACUCUGCCAUAAAGGCCUGACUGGUGGAGGGCUGCAGUGAUAGUUGACUUUGUGGAACUUUCUCCCAUCUCCCUGCUGCAUCUCUGGAGCUCAGCCACGGUGAUCUUUGGGUUCUUCUUUACCUCUCUCACCAAGGCUCUUCUCCCACGAUUGCUCAGUUUGGCUGGACGGCCAGGUCUAGGAAGAGUUCUGGUCGUCCCAAACUUCUUCCAUUUAAGGAUUAUGGAGGCCACUGUGCUCUUAGGAACCUUGAGUGCUGCAGAAAUUCUUUUGUAACCUUGGCCAGAUCUGUGCCUUGCCACAAUUCUGUCUCUGAGCUCUUUGGGCAGUUCCUUCGACCUCAUGAUUCUCAUUUGCUCUGACAUGCACUGUGAGCUGUAAGGUCUUAUAUAGACAGGUGUGUGCCUUUCCUAAUCAAGUCCAAUCAGUUUAAUUAAACACGGCUGGACUCCAAUGAAGAAGUAGAACCAUCUCAAGGAGGAUCAGAAGAAAUGGACCGCAGGUGAGUUAAAUAUGAGUGUCACAGUAAAGGGUCUGAAUACUUAUGACUGUGUGAUAUUUCAGUUUUUCUUUAAUAAAUUUGCAAAAAAUUCUACAUUUCUGUUUCUUUCUGUCAAGAUAGGGUGCUGAGUGUAUAUUAAUGAGAAAUAAAAUGAACUUUUUUGAUUUUAGCAAAUGGCUGCAAUGAAACAGAGUGAAAAAUUUAAAGGGGUCUGAAUACUUUCUGUACCCACUGUAUGCCCACAGCAAAAGCUAUGUAACAACCACAAUAAAAAGGCUCAUUAAAACAUCCUUUUGACUAUUUUUUAAAUCAUCUUUAAUUGUGCUGGUUUGCCCAAAAGUGACCUUUUUCUUCCAGGGGAAAACAUAGCAAUAAAUCACAUGUUGCACUUUUAGGCAAGAAAAAGCAAGAAAAAAAACUUAAGCCUCUUUAUUUAUUUUUUUAGUCCACGCAACCCAUGCUUCAAGUCACUUUAUGUUCAAGAGCAUACAGAAACAAGUUCACCAGUACAGCUCAUCUGAUGUUUACCAUCAUACAGACCUCAUUUGAUCUCGUUUAAAAUUCCUAUAUGUCCACAGGUGUUAUGGAUCUAAAUGCAAUUAUGGUUUGCUUUUUAAUAAAUUGCAGACGUUACAAUGAACAAGACAGCUACCUAAAGAAGAGGGAAAGGUAGGAAAUACAAUUGAGCAUCCAAAAAAAAAAUAAAGCACAAAAAAAAAAAAAA